AUGGAGGUGGUUAGUAAAGAAAAUAUUUAUAGCUGGUGUAGGGAGAAGGAGAUAGACACCGAAUGUAGCUUUGGGCUAAGAGGCAAUUUGACUGAUGCCAGUAAUGACAGUAUAAUUAACGCUGUAAAAUUUCUGUAUGGAGUUACUGAGCCGAGGAUUGUGGACAAAUGGAAAGGGUCAACAGGCACUAUUACGGCUGUAUUAAUAACUAACCAGAACCAGUUAGACCCAACAUUGCUCCCUAGCAUGGUGGUUGUUGAGGGAGUACCGGGGUGGAAUGUUCAAUUAAUGUGUCCUGAAAGGAAAGAUAGUGGGGAAGAAGGUGGUCUCUCUGGGGAAGAACAGGGGAACGGAGAACCCCAGACUAGAGAUGGUCUUCAUACCACCAGCAAUGCAAUGGAGAUACCUACCCACCCUGGGGAAGUUGUGGAUAAUCAGGUGGACACAGUAGUGGGAAAGAUGGUCAGCCAAUUGGAAAGGUGGCACUUCGAGGGUGGAUAUCGUCGGCUUAGAAUUUUCUCAGGAAUCCUCCCUGUGCCGGCUGGGGAAGAGACCUAUGAGUUGUGGAGGGAGACGGCCACACAACAUUCCGAAGAAUGGCAAUGCCCCGAGCAUAUAAAAAGACAGCGGGUGGUUGAAAGCCUCCGAGGGCCGGCUAUGGGAGUUAUUCAAGCCACCCGGAGGAGCAACCCUACGGCUAUGCUGAAAGACUACAUAGAGGCCUUAGACUUUUCCUUUGGUACAUUGGAAGACGUAGGUGAUCUACUGGCAAGACUCAAUCAUACCUACCAAGAGCCAGGAGAAACAUUAACUCAUUAG